AUGCAAAACGACGUCUCUUCAAGCCAAACGUUUUGGGAGAGAAUACACACUGCAAAAGGCAAAGAUAUCCGAGAGGAGAAGAAAGUAACGGAGAAAGACAGGGCAGCAACGCAAGUGGAGCCGGCGCCCGCUCCCAGAGUCGCCGUGGUACUUUUCCUGCUAAAAGGCAAGUCAUCGGUUCUCUUGGGACGCCGCCGAUCGGAGAUCGGAGAUUCCACCUUCGCUCUCCCCGGCGGCAACCUCGAAUUCGGGGAGGGUUUCGAAGAGUGCGCCAUUAGAGAACUGAAGGAUGAAACAGGGCUGGAGGUCCAGAAAACAGAGUUUCUGACGGUCACAAACAACGUGUUCGUCGAAUCCCCCAAACCCUCUCACUACGUCACCGUUUUCCUCCGCGCCCAGCUGGAUGAUCCGAAUCCAAGUUCCGAGCAAUCUGGAGCUGGAUAAGUGUCACGGCUGGGAUUGGUACGACUGGAACGACCUCCCUUCGCCGCUCUUCUGGCCG